AUUUUGCAAAGCGGCUCACACGCCGCGGUGUGCGGAAGGUGCAGCGAGCAGCGGUGGCGGAGGACACAUCCGGAAGCGGUGUUCACUCGUGCGGGCGAGAAAACGCAAUUCUAACCGCUAGACACCUCAAAAGCAUCACUGCACAAGGAGACUGCAGCUCUGCAGCGGGCAUACGACUGCGCUCUAGACCUAAAAAAUGCGCAUCGACUACGUGCGAAUGCAGCAGCGCAAAAUGCUGCUGCUCUGCGCGUUCUCGGCUGCAACCACGGAAGCAUUGCGACCACCGGCAAAAGUCGUCGUCCUCGACGCCUACACCGCGACGGCCGGCGUCUUCGGCGACAGGGACGCCGCGUGGCGGCCGGCGCUGCGGGCCGGCGACGAACUAGUGGUGUACGACCGGACGGCGCCCAGCGACGUCGUCGAAAGGCUGAGCGGAGCUGAUGUUGCGGUGGUCAACAAGGUGCUGGUCACCGACAGUCUCCUGAGCGCCGUCCCUUCACUGGGCCUCGUCAGCGUCACGGCGACGGGCGUGAACAACGUGGACCUGGAAGCCUGCGAAAAGCGUGGCGUCGCCGUCACGAACGUCCCCGCGUAUUCGACGCCGAGCGUCGCGCAGCACGCCAUCGCGUGCGUUUUGGAUUUCACGAACAAAAUCCACCGCCAGAGCGCCGCCGUCAAGGGUGGGGCCUGGCUCAACUCGCCGGACUUCUGCUGCUUCCCCGAGCGCACGAUCGAAAUAGCGGACAGCGUCUUCGUCGUGGUCGGCGGCGGCGCGACGGGCACGGCCGUGGCCACCGCGGCGGGUGCGCUGGGCGCCGACGUGCGCGUGGUCUCGGCGCGCGACCGGCGAUCCCUGGACGCGGCGCUGGCGGACGCUGAUUUUGUGUCUUUACAUGUCCCUCUCGCGCCGGAGACGGAGAACCUCGUCGACGCGGCGUUUCUCGACGCGUUGAAACCGAGCUGUUGCUUCAUCAACACGGCGCGAGGCCCCAUCGUCGACGAGGGCGCGCUCCUCGCCGCGCUCAGAAACGACGGACUCGCGGCGGCGUAUCUCGACGUCUUAGCCGAAGAGCCGCCUCGAAGAGACUCGCCGGGCGCGGCGCUCAUCGCGCACGACAGAUGUUUCGUCACGCCACAUACCGCGUGGGCGACGGACCAAUCAAGGAGGCGGCUCGUCGACACGGCGUGCGCGUCGAUCGCCGCGUUCCUGCGCGGCGACGAGCUAA